AUGUUACUUCGCUUAACAUCUCGUUUCUUUGUUUCCUCAUCUCUUCUUCCAUCAACAUCUACAUUUAUUCCAUCACGUUUAGCUAAUACAUUUAUCGAUGAACAAUAUAUUCGUGAAAAUUCUCCGCCAACUAAUCAAUCUGUAUCAUCGAUGACUCUAAAAGGUUCAUCGUCAACUAAGCAAUCUCAACCGAUGACGUUUGCAAAAAUGUUUCGUCAAUCAAAAUUUGUUCAAUUAGGUGGUUUGAAAGGACGUUUAUUAAGUGGACGUGUUAUUGAUGUUGUUGAUGAUGAUUUAUAUGUUGAUUUUGGUGGAAAAUUCCAUGCUGUUGUACAACGACCACAAAAUAAACAACGAGAUCAAUAUGUGAUUGGUGCUGUUGUUUCUAUACGUUUACAAUCAUGGGAGAUGGCUGCAAGAUUUUUGGGUGCAUCAAGACAUAUAUCAUUGUUGGAAGCUGAUGCUCAAUUAGUUGGAUUAUUAAGAAGAAUUGAUCGAACAGUCAAACCACGUGAUAAAGAUAUUGAUUUACGAUAUCGUCGAGGCGAUAGUCGAGCACCGAUUUCAAUGAAAAGAGAAGUUCUUUAG